UGAAUGUUUGCCGAACGAGUUUCAUUAAGAAUUUUGUAUCGUGAAACCAAAAUCAUAGUCAUUUCAAUAAAGAAAAAUAAUUUACAAGUUUAAUUAAUGCAAUCUAGCAAACUAUAAUACGUCUAUACAAACAUUUUCUAUUAUAAUUACAAUAUGAUCCAGAUUUCUUCGUUCUUUACUUCACCUUUUUUCAUAAAUUAUUAAGGUAAUGGAUCCAGUGUUAGAUAAUGAAUGGCUUGGAUCUAAGAAUGAUGCAGUUGAUGAAGCCCAAAAUGUGGGCAAUGUUGUCAGAAGUUGGCAAUGGAGGGAGAGAGGGAUUGACCCCUUAAAUUCCCCUCCCAACAAGACUGUACUUGAAAAUGUUGCUGAGGAUAUACUUGUACAGAAACCACUUAAAAUAAGAUGCUGUGACUUACCAGGGUAUCCACGAUCAACUUAUCUCAUGGUAUUUAGUCCAGAUGGAACUAAAGUUGCAUCUACCCAUGGAAACCACAAUGUAUAUGUAUCCGAGUUGGCAAGCGGCAAGCAUGUUAGAAUAUUGAAAGGUCAUCCACGAACACCGUGGUGCGUCGCAUUUCAUCCUUCUCAUCCUCAACUAAUUGGAUCAGGUUGCCUCGGUGGUCAAGUGAGAGUGUGGGAUAUAUCUAGUGGUGGCAGCGAAGUUUGGAAUGUAAGAAAUGAAACAGUCAUAGCUUCUAUAGCAUUCCAUCCUAGAGAACAAUUAUUAGUUAUUGGUACAUACAAUGAACUCUACUUUUGGGAUUGGAGUCAACCCGCACCGUUUACCAAAGUUUCUACGAAUAAUAUCAACGAAAAAGUCAGAUAUGUGGCUUUCGAUUCUCUCGGCUAUAAACUAAUAACAGGAAUAUCGUUGAGAGCAACAGUUGCGGGAAUGAGCAGUUCUGUUCUGCAACAAAAUUCAACCCUAAAUCCUACGAACAACCAAAGCAAUGUAAGAAGAGACGACACUGACAAUAGUCCAGGAAACAACAGACCUCAGGACAAUUCUGGUUCCACACAGGAUAUUAUUGUGAAUUCUUAUCAAAAUUUAGUGCAAAGAUACGAUAGCCUUGUGAGGAAUUAUCAACGGCUCUUUAUGGUCCGGCACAGACUAACAGCCACCCCACCUCCACCUAGCACGAUGGACCGCGGUACUGAUCCUAUGGAAACGGACCCGUCGCCGGAAGCGACAAGUUUCACGCGCACGGUGCCAACAUCACAAGCAUCUGCACCGCAAAACGAAGAUGAAAAUCCGCCUGCAAGUUUAUCUAAUAAUAUACAAGAGAAUGCUGAAAAUGAAGAUGGAGAAGGAAGUAGCCGUCUCCUUAAUCUUGAUGCCUUGUCUUUUGACAGUGGCCCUGCUAGGGAGCGAAACUUAGACCGUCACGUACAUUCUUUAUUUGGAUCACGACCUUCUGCAUUCCACCCUCUUAAUGAUAAUCCUGGAAGAUCAUUUAGAACAGUUGACCAAAACGAAAGAGCGUCUAGACUGUUGCCAAAUCCCUUUUCAUCGACGAGUGGUUCACAGCGACCAAGCAUAAUUUCUUUCACAAGUAGUCCAUCGACACAAACAACUGAUAAUGUUUCCAAUACGUCGCGCACAAGUAUAUUUCCAGCUUAUAGGCCAGAUUCUCCAUCGAUUCUAGACUUGUCACCGCGCAGAUGGAGCGGCAAUCGGCGAAUUUUUGUUUCAGUGCCAAACGAAAACUCGUCAACUCUCACUGACAAUGUUUCUCCUACGAAUACUCCGCCUGCACAGGAGACACCGGUCGCUUCCGCAGCAAAUUCUACCCAGAGGCCAUCCACCUCUUACUCUUCUUCCCAAACCCAGUCUUCUGCACCCGUAGAUGCGCAAACCAUCAAUGAAAGCCUCGAUUUGAUACGAGAUAUUUUAAGAGAUUCUGGUACAAGGCUUUUGAAUUUGAUAACAAAUAUGUCACUUUCAACGUUAGCCAGUGUCGAGGACGAGUUACCCCGCCGUACUAGAACGACUAGGACACAAUCUGACAACAACAAUGAUGGAGAAAGUCCCCGAGAGACCCCGCCGCGUGCUCGCAUUUUUAGCUCGCACUUACGCCCUGGAUUCCUAUCAACUAGCUCUGAAUCGGACAGUGAUCAGUCUCCAGAAGUGAAUAUUUUCAGAACUAGGAAUUCUACAUUUAGAGAAGAUGACACCACGGAACCAGAGAGGCCUACUGCAGAACCAUCAACUUCUGCAGUUCCUGAAAGACCUUUAAAUCCUACAGAUAGGCUGGUUUUCGAUCUAGAUGAUUCCAGGACGCAAAAUGCUAAUUCUGAGACAGGCGGUAUAAACGUUUCAGCCCACAGCAGUCGAUUUCGAGUUCGAACUCAAAGUAACGCUCCUAGUGAGGGCCCCAGCACAAGCAAUCCUGAAGGCCCGAACACCCAAGAAAAUCAACCUCAAAACAAUACCAAUGAAUUCAACCCCAACAGGCCGUCUACCAGCAGAGACAAUUUUUGGGCUAACGGUUGCGUAGUACCACCGGAUGAGGCAUUUAGAAAAGUAAGAGCAGGUGUAAGUACGUUGCAGAAGCACACUAUGCAACUCACGAACAUGUGGCUGCGAGGUAAUCGGACGACGAUGCCAGAAUUGCGUAAUAUGUGGGAGAACCUACGCAGAAGGAUAUUAAUGUUACAUAGAGAAACGGGCCGACAAGACUUACCGAGCUAUUAUACGAGGUCACUUUUAGAAAGAUGUAUGAUGCUAACUGAAAUUACGGAAAGAGUUACCCGUGGUAGCAGGAGUGCAAGACCAACGAAUAAUAGUAAUCAAGGAAAUUCCGAGAAUGCUAGAAACUCGGAAUCUCCUCGAGAUGAGCCGACUGCUUCAGAAAAUAGUAAUGUUCCUACAGAAGCUGAACAAAAUCCUUCAAGAGAAAAUACAAAUGACAAUCGACAGCCACAGGCAAGUAGAACUUCUCAAACGAGACCUAAUAUUCGUUCAUCUCCAUCGCUUAGGAGAAGAUUACAAUCCAGUUAUCGAUGGAGGCCAGAAGAUGAACUGAGACGACGAUCGAGACAUUCUGCUGCUAACAGAUUGUCUAAUAGAUAUUUAAACAGGCCGCGUAGGGAUUUUGCGAGAGCUAUAGAAAUAAGCGCGACAAGACAUGAAAUACGCAUGCGAGCUAUGCAAGUGCUCUCUGUUAUGUUUAAUAUGAUGAUGAUGUGCUUGGAGGAGCGCGGCUUAAGUCAAUUAAUUAUAAAUAUGUUACGUACUUUAAAAAAGGCAUUAGCACUGACAUGCUUAAUGUUAAUGACAAACAGAAACAACGGACGUGCGAGUAAUAAUUCUUCGCCUCAACGCGUGGAUUCAUUGAACGUUAUUCGCUUGGAGAAUGUCGACCACACUGGCCCUGUCAACGUAGACGGCCCGGAUGAAUCACCACAUCAUUCUAUUCCAAGUGAAGAAGAUCGUACUGAAGAAGAUCGUUCGCAAAGCAAUGCUAAUAAACGAAUAAAAAUAGAGACAUCACCAACUACUCAACCUACACCUGUCGAAAUUAGUGCACUAGAAAAUGCAAAUCCACCUGCCCCAAUCGUAACUCAAAGCAAUUCGAGUGCAAUUCAGGCAUGGAGUAAUCGUCUCGCCGUACAGAUUGCAGCUGCUAACAGAAAUAAUUCUGCAACUGCCAGGAAUAGACGGGAGCUAUAUAUUGAAAGUAGGCGUUUGAAAGCUUUGCAUAAAACAAAUCCAAACGCUCAUCCGAUGAUUAAAAAGAAGGCUCUUCCUCCGGCAUCAACUUACAGAAUCCCGACACUGCGUUUACUACCUAGUAGAAGAAUUCCUAGGACUUUAGCUGCAUCAAGAACUUCGCAGAGCACAGAACCCAUCGCCGGUCCUUCCGGUAUACUAUCUGGUAACGAUGGUGGGCCGACUGGUCAUUCGCGAUUGCCUCCUGACGUUAUGAAUGAAUUCGAACAUAGAAUAAAUUUAAUACGAAUGGCACAUAUGCAAGCGGUUAGAUUACGUAACGCCGCACGAAGCAGGUUUCGGCGUCUUCAAACAAUUCGAUUAUAUACUCCAUCGUCAGUUCGCGAAAUGUUUACGUUACAGCCGGACAGUGAAAACCCGCACGAAAACAGAUCUCCUUUGCAAAGUAAUUCGGACACUAAUCGUCGUUCUUUCACUUCCUACGAUUACAGGCCGCAUAUUCUCACCCGAGAACGCAUUUUCUCUAGAGGAUCUGCUAACAGACCUUCUCAGGAGUCUGGUGAAUUCCAUGCGGUUAUAACCAAUGCGACUGUACCGCUGAUGCAAGUCGGCGAUCUCAGUAUCAAUAACCCCGACGCUCAAGGGAAUCAAAACCAGAGACUACCGCGAAUCCAUGAGUAUUUGCAACCGAUAAUACUAGCUCAAAAUGCUAUGGUGGUGGACGACGAGGGCAAUGCGGAAGGCGGUGGAGGUAGCAGUGGUGGGGGUGGUGGUGGAGGAAGAGGUCCCGGGGGCGGGGGACCAGGUGGAGGGGGAGGUCUAGGGGGAGUUCGGCGUAUGACCGGUAUGGCCGGACUGCUUGAUGCGGGAAUCAUUUCCGAAGCACUACCCGCGUCGUCGCAUCGGGUGCAAGCCUGGGAUUUCACUACGGGUAAAACUCCGGAUAUCGCAGAUAGUUCAAAAAAUGUGGUGGUUCAGAGAUGCCGAAUACACAAUGACGCUAGCAUCGACAUAUCCAAAGACGGGAGGCUCUUGGUUGCCUUGCUACCGGUGCCUCGACUCAGAAAUACCAAUCAUUGGUUAGGCGUGUACUCGCUGGAGUGGUCGCGCCUGGGCCAGUGCCUGCACACGGCGGUGCUGGAGCAGAGCGCGGUGUCGGUGGCGCUGUCGCCCACGGCGCGCCACCUGGCGGUGGGGCUGGGCUCGCGCCGGUUCACGUCCGCGCCGCACGCGCGCACUAACGUGUUCGCGCUGCUCUACCGCCUCGACCCCCUGGAGAGUUCGAGUCGAACCGGUUUGUCGCCUAUCAAGGAGUUGGAACAGACCUGGGAGCACGGAUUUACGAGUCUUAACUGCUUGCGAUGGGCUCCACAGCCGGGACAAGGACUCGUAUAUGCCAACAAUACCGGACAACUCAUUAUUAUGAGUUAAAGUGACCUAAGGUUAUAGAGCUCCUCGAACAAAGAGUACACAUACAAGUUUUGUCGGUACGUAGUUUAAGCGAUUCAUUUAAUUGAGGUUAAAUGUGCAUACUUUCUUGUGUUAUCAAACCUCAUCCAUUAGCUACGACUAAAUUAUGCGAUUGCAAAUCUACAAUGUGUAGUCACGAUGACCUCAGCUCGACCACAUGGUCUCCCUAAUACCAAAUCUCUUCAGCCGUUUACAGUUAGUACGAAAAUGCAUUAUACUUUUACUCUAACAUAGAAAAACAUAUCCUCAGAAUUGAAAUUGUUUUGUUUAACUAACGAUUGAUUUUUGGAACAAUUUGGAACGAAUUUAGAAAACCUCGUGGUUAAUAGUUUUAUGAUUUGUGAAAAUUUUAAAAUUGAGUGAAAUUAUAUUGUAUUAUUAAAAUGAAAUCGAAUCUAUACUUUUUACAAGAAAUUGUUUAGUAAAUUAUAAAUUAUGUUUGCUUAUAAUAUUUAACAAAAUUAUAUAGAUGUAAACGCCUGUUGUAAAUUAUUGCAGAAGCAUUGUACAGUUCAUAAAAUUAGUUUUCUUAAUAUGAUUGAUCUCUUUGUAUUAUGCGGUCUUAAAAUAUUUUCAUAAUUUUAACACUAGCUAGUAAUUAUAUCUACUACAACAAAAUUAGUUUAAGGUUCCCUAUUAAUUUAAAUAUCAUAAUUAGACACACGAUAAAAUUCACAAAUCAUAUUUUAAUAUCAUAGUUACUUAAUUUUUUUUAAUACUUCAAAUAAGGAAUGCCAUUUUCUUCAAAUAAGGAAUGCCAUUUU